CUCUAAUCCGGAUGCUGUUUGUUGCCUGACAAGCCUUCAUUCCACCUACUACCACCAUCUUCUUUUGAUAUCUUCCACCAUGGUUCUCUCUCGUCGCGGAAGUGGUAGCAUUACGCUGCCAUCUGGCCAGACAAUGGCGAUCCAUACUCGAACUCACGAAGAGGAGGAUCUGCCUCAUGCUACCAAAAAGACUAUGGCAGACCAUCUGCGGAAGUAUGAAAGUCUGUUUACAUUAACACCCCAACGGAUGCGCAUGAUAGUAGAGGCAUUCAAGGAUACACUCGAACUGGGCUUGCAGAAGCCACAACAGGUUGUUCCCAUGAUUCCUACCUAUGUCUUUGGAUGGCCGACUGGCACAGAAGUCGGCGAUUUCCUGUCGGUGGACCUUGGUGGUACUAACCUUCGUGUCUGUCUCGUGAAUCUCCAGGGUGAAGGGAAAUUCGAAAUCACACAAGCCAAGUACCGUCUUACCGAGGAGCAGAAACAAGACGACGGGCAGAAACUUUUUGAUUUCUGUGCCGAAUGUUUGAAGACUUUUGUGGACACAAAUCUUGCAGAUGACAAUGGGGAAUUGUCUCUCAAACCAGGCGAGACAUUGCCUCUGGGCUUCACGUUCUCGUAUCCCUGCAGUCAAGAGAGGAUUGAUCAUGGUGUACUCAUUCGAUGGACCAAAGGCUUUGGUGCUGGCAAAACGGAAGGUCGCGACGUGGCCGAGAUGUUCCGCCAUUCUCUUGCUAAAUAUAAAUUGCCCAUCACCCUGACCGCUCUCAUCAAUGAUACCACUGGAACCCUCAUUGCAUCGCAUUAUGUGAACCCAAAGACCAAGAUUGCUGUCAUCUUUGGAACGGGAUGUAACGCGGCUUACAUGGAGAAGGUUGGUAACAUCGAGAAGAUCCAUUCCUUGGGCAUCGAUCCGGAUGCCGAAAUGGCAAUCAACUGUGAAUGGGGUGCGUUUGACUCGUUUGAACACGAACAUUUACCUCGUACAAAAUAUGAUAUAAUUGUCGACGAGACAUCCAACAAGCCGGGUGAACAAGCUUUUGAAAAACUGAUUUCUGGACGAUAUCUGGGCGAAAUCCUACGAUUGGUUAUAUGUGAACUUAUUGACGAGGGUGUUCUUUUCCUUGGUCAAGAGACAUACAAGCUCGAAAUACCUUAUGUAUUUGAGACCGCAUUUUUGUCGCUGAUGGAAAGUGACCCCACCGAUGAACUUUUGAUGAUCAUUGGAAUCUUUUCACACUUUUUUGCCGUCGAGACGACUCUAGCAGAGCGUCAGUUCUUCCGGGCCCUGGCGAAACUUAUUGGACGACGGGCCGCUCGUUUGAGUGCCUGUGGUAUUGCUGCCAUCGUAAGCAAGAUGGGAUACCUAGAUGAGGGCUGCUCAGUUGGUGCAGAUGGUUCCUUGUACAACAAAUACCCCGGGUUUGCCGACCGAGUUCACGAAGGUCUACAAGACAUCUUCGGUGAGAAGGGAAAGAACGUUGUCACAUAUCAUGCUGAGGAUGGAAGUGGUGUAGGAAGUGCAAUCAUCGCCGCCAUGACGAAGCUCAGAAAGGACGCCGGUCUGUUUACUCACGUGUAGGCCCAAGGCAUUCAGGCGCUUGAGACACUUGGACUGUUGACAGAAAAUCAAGUAGAAGAAGCCAUGUAUGUGUUUUAUGUACUUUAUUACGUUGUUCUUGUUCCUUCUUUGAAGGAGUAUAGAUUUUGGUUGGUUAUCACGAACUUGUCCGACGGGCGGAG